AUCACUAGAUACAGCAAUCACUACUUUAAUCAUAUGAAGACACACUCCAACAGAGGAAUUCAUUCUAAUGCCCCUCUUCAUAAAGAGGACUAUUAUCAGAUACUUGGGAUACCACGGACUGCUGAUGCCAAAGAAAUAAAGAAAGCUUAUUAAAAAUUUUGAUAAAGUGGGUGUGUCAGUUGAUCACGUGAUUAUCACAUGAUUUUAUAGGAGAACAAUAUACUAUUGAUCAUUAAUAGUGAUGAAAUAGUUAAAGGUUACAGGGUAUCAGAAAAGAAGGGGCUUGUGCAAUUGUCUGUUGAUAAAAAUGUAAAGGAUUAUGUUAAUCAUAAUGGAGUGAUGUUUCACCUAACGGCACAAUUUAAAUGCUAUUUACCAUAUAAGGAUUUAACAGAGAGUGUCAUUGUCGAUCGGUUGCAGCAGUUCAUUAGUAGGUGUGUCCUUUGGUUGCCAGGACAACAAGUAUUGCUAGAGGAUGAAAAAGAGAAGCAUAUUGUAUUCACACCAACUGGACUGGACAAACCACCAGUUGUUGUUGAACUACUUCAGAAGAGUCCAUCUUCGUCUGGUCUGUACCCUCUCACUGUUACCAUGACACCAAUGACCACACCCACUUUAGUCCUACCAGUGACCUUUGAUUUGAUUGGUUUAUUCUGCAAUGAUAUCGACACUCGUCUGGUUGCUAAGCAACUGAGAAACAGACUACAGGAACAAAUAAAAUUAAUAGCACAAACCAUCAUGGUUGAUAAAGCUACUAAUGAUCAAGACAUUCAUUCAGUUUUUUUCUUUCAUUUUAACUUACCCAAUCAACAUGUUCCCAUCACUAUCCCAUACCCUGACCUCCCUCUCUCUACUGAUAUCAGGGUCAUUCCUUCUCCUCUUCCAGACUCUUCUCUUCUCUCCCUUCGAACUAAACUCCAUCAAACCUUUUGCCUUCCAACUAAUCGACCGUUUCUACGAAAGACUAACAGACAAUGGUCACCUUGGAAGCAGGAGGCACGCCUGUUUGAUCCACACGUGUCAUUAAAUUUGACAGAAGGUGGCGACGGAUUAGCUUUGGUGAAUGGUAGCUAUCUUUAUUAUCAUUACAUGCAAGAAAAGUUUAAUGACAAGGGUUGGGGCUGUGCUUAUAGAUCCCUCCAGACAAUAUGGUCUUGGUUUCGUUGUCAAGGCUACACUGAUGCACCUGUUCCUACCCACAGGGAGAUACAGCAGACACUGGUUGAUUGUGGAGAUAAAGAGAAACCAUUCAUUGGCUCUUCUGAAUGGAUCGGAUCAAUUGAAGUCAGUACUGUCCUCAGUCACUCAUUACAGAUAGAGUCUCGUAUUCAUCACUGCUCAAGAGGAGCUGAUAUCGCCGGUACCGGUCGUCUUUUACAGCAUCAUUUUAGAAACCAGGGCACACCCGUAAUGAUAGGGGGUGGGGUUUUAGCUCAUACCAUAUUAGGAGUUGACUAUGAUGAGCAAUCUGGUGAUAUUAAGUUUUUGAUUCUUGAUCCUCAUUACACUGGCCCUGAGGACAUUAAUUUGAUAAAUGGAAAAGGUUGUGGCUGGAAAAGGAUGAAUUUUUGGGAUCAAAAUGCAAGCUACAAUUUGUGUAUGCCCAUCAGACCUCAGGAAAUAUAACAUACAAAAACUUUGUCAUUUUUUUGCUUUUAUUUAUAUAUA